AUGUCUGUAAGAUCCUCCUUUCAAGUUAUGCGUCAAAUAGCUGGUGGUUCAAAGAACCUUGGAUAUUGCUUCCAAGAUUUAAAGAACUUUCUCACCACUGUUCGACAAAAGGAAAUGGUCAUUGGUGAUGCAACUAUUAUCCAACAAUAUCUUAGAAAUGAAGCUUUGAGGAACCCAUCGUUCUAUUAUGAUAUCCAAGUUGAUUCUGAAGAGAACAUAGCUAGCAUUUUCUGGUAUGCCACUUCUUUAAGAUUUGUAUUCAACUAUGCAUUAUUGAUAUACAUUAGAAUUCACAUAACAACAGAAAUAUUUGUAGCUGGCUCUCCAUUCCUUGGAUUUGACAAUCACCAUAAGAGUGUAUUAUUUGGUUCUGCCCUGCUCUACGAUGAGACUUCUACAAGUUUUGAUUGGUUGUUUACCACUUUCCUGAAGUGCAUGAAAAAUAAGAAACCCAUUACAAUUUAUACAGACCAAGCUUGUGCUUUGAUGAAGUCAGUUCGAAACAUUUUUCCCGAUGUCUUCCAUGGGUUGUGUUCCUGGCACAUGGGGGAGAAUGCAAAAUCCAACUUAGGCUCUCGUUGCAAUGCUGCAUUUCUUGACAAACUACAUCAUCUGGUUUCGAAUGUUGAUGAUGAGGCAGAGUUUGACUUCAAUUGGAAUAAGAUGCUUCAAAAUUGUUUUGGUGGUAAAGCUACUUCUGAAUUUACUUGGCUUGUCCAGAUUCAUCGUAAUCGUACUCAAUGGUCUUCUGCUUGGGUGAAAUCACACUUCACUGCUGGUUUGAAGACCACACAGUUAAGCGAGUCGUUCAAUGCCUUUCUUCGCCACUUUCUUCAGCCAUACCACUCACUUGUGCAAUUCUUUAUCCAUUUCAAUGUUAUGGUUGAGAAAAUGCGAGAUAAUCAUGCUGAUUGUGAUUUUAAGGCUGCCAAUACCAGGCCAAGAAACAAUUAUCCCAACAGCCAAAUCAUGAGAGUUUUCAAAGUGUUCACAAUUCAACUUGUUCGUGAUGCCGAUGAGAUGGAUUAUGAUAAUGAUACUGCUGGGAAUGUUUAUAUGUCGGUCGAAGAAGUUCCAAAAAAUCUUCUUCCUAAUGAUCAAGAUCCUUUGCGACUUGAUGAGAGGGUUGUUACUAUAGAUAUUGGGAACAAGAUUUUUACUUGUACAUGUCGGAUGUUUCAGAACUGA